CUUUCACCUAAAUGUACUUGAAAAGCUCAUAAACGUUGCUCGAUAAAUGCGCUAAAGGUUUUGGACACUACACUGUGCCAGGUAAUUACAAACCUGUAGGACUUUAUCUCCUGUGCCUUACAACCUGGAGAUAAUAACCAGUCAAAAGUGAAGAUGCAUGACUCCACCUUUCUUGGUUUGAUCAUCCUGUUAUCUACUCUGUCCAGCUCUUAUGCUGGUAAAAUUCUGGUCGUCCCUGUGGAAGGAAGCCACUGGAUCAAUAUGAAGAUCCUUAUUGGGGAAUUACAUGCAAAUGGUCACAAUAUCACAGUGGUCCGAGGUUCUAGUAGCUGGUACAUUGAGGAACAGUCUCCUCUCUACACUUCCAUUACUGUAGACACUGGUAAAUUUGACGAUGACUUCCUGGAGACGUUUCUUCCUCACAUACUGAAAAUGCAGAGACAAGGAAGAUCAUUGUGGAAUGAAAUUGCACUUGCUGAUAAAGUUUCUGAGAAGGUUGCAGAGUUUCAUCAGCAAAUAUGCAAUAUGACAGCUGCCAUGUUUGAAAAUAAGACAUUGAUGCAUUCUCUGGAAGAUGCUGCAUAUGACCUUGUUCUCACGGAUCCUGCUUUUGGAGGUGGAGUGUUACUGGCACACCAUCUUGGCCUCCCUCUUGUGCUAAAUGUCCGCUGGACCGUAUACGGCGAAGCCCAUUUUGAUAUUGCGCCAUCACCUCUCUCAUAUGUACCUGUUGCAGGAUUACAGCUAACUGAUAAGAUGACAUUCAGUCAGAGAGUAACAAAUGUGUUGACAUAUAUAAUGACUCUUUAUAAAAGUUCCAAGUAUUUUGGUUCUCCUUACCAAGAGGUCUGCCAGAAAUAUUUCGGGCCAGAUGUUGAUUUCUUCUCUCUCCUUCAGAAUGCAGAUAUCUGGCUCAUGAGAAAUGAUUUCACUUUUGAGUUUCCGCGACCCACAAUGCCAAAUGUUGUCUACAUGGGUGGCUUCCAGUGCAAACCAGCUAAGCCCCUUCCAGAUAAACUUGAGAAGUUUGUGCAGAGCUCAGGAGAACAUGGGGUCAUCAUCAUGACUUUAGGAACUGUUUUUGGUCAGCUUCUGAGUGAAAUCAACGAUGAGAUUGCUGCAGCUUUUGCCCAACUUCCUCAAAAGGUUAUUUGGAGACACACAGGACCAAAACCUGCUAAUCUUGGAAACAAUACUCUGAUUGUGGACUGGCUCCCACAAAAUGACCUGCUUGGACAUCCCCAGAUUAAAGCAUUUGUAGCACAUGGAGGCACCAAUGGAGUUCAGGAAGCCAUCUACCAUGGAGUGCCUAUUGUGGGCCUUCCUUUAGCUUUUGAUCAGCCUGAUAAUCUCUCCAGGAUGCAAGCAAAAGGAACAGCAAAAAUUGUAGAUAUUGCAACUUUAGACAGGACUGUGUUUCUCGAGGCAUUAAAGGAGGUUUUGCAUAACCCAUCUUACAAGGAGAACAUGCAGAGACUGUCCAAGCUGCACCACGACCAGCCAAUGAAACCUCUUGAUCGUGCCAUCUUCUGGAUUGAGUUUGUCAUGAGAAACAGAGGAGCUCCUCAUUUACGAACACAGUCUUUCAGAAUGUCCUGGAUUGAGUACCACUCUAUAGAUGUUAUUUUGACUCUGCUGAUGGCAGUUGUUUUGUUUUGUUUCAUGGUUUACUCUAUCAUAAAAUUUCUUUGUUUUAAAGUAGUAUUUAAGAAGAAAAUGAAAGCUGAAUGAUUGAAUAUUUGUCCCGAAUCCCAGGAAUUUAUUCCAUAACCAGUGUUUUGUCCCUAUUAGCAAUUGUGUUGUUAGUGUCAGUUACACAUUACCUUUAUGAUAAAACUGAUUUGGUACGUGGGAUUUUAUCAAAACAAAGCCAAAAAGUAGUGGACAAAACAAUUUAAUGUUUUAUAAACAGCAUAUAUCAGACUAUUAUCUAUUAUGAAGCAAAAAUAUAGUUAUGCUUUUUAAGUAUUUUGCUUUUCAUAUGUAAUUAUGGUAUUGUUUUAUGAAAAUGAACUAAAUAAACUACGUAUAGCCAAAUGUGUAUUAAUUUAUGGCUACAGUGCUUAAUUUGUGAAGGGUUUUAUGUGUGUCGUGGAGGAAAAGAAAGAAACAAACCAUUGUGUCUGUGGGAUAGUAAUGUAACUUAAUACACUAAGAAAUGUAAUAAACUCUAAAAAACAUAAUAAUAAUUUCAAAAAUGCACAUAAAAAAAAUCAAACUAAAAAGGGUGAAUUAAGACUAUGGAGAUAUAAAUAAAGAGGAUUAGGCUAUA